AUGAUGUUUGCCUGCGCGCUGCCCCUGAUGUUCUGGGGAGACGCAGAAUUAUACGCCGUUCACAUCCUCAACUGGAGCCCAACGCGAGCAAACGCAAAGAGAGCGUCACCAGUCGAGGUGCUGAUGGGUAAGACGCCGGAUCUGCGUGGAAUUGUCGUUUUUGGCUCCCAGUGCAGCGUGUAUAGAGACCCGCGCAAGAACUCGCUGCUGCAGCGCUCGGGGCGCGCCAUCACUGUCGGCGUCAGCGAGGAAACCAAGGGCUACAAAGUGCUGCUACCGCGUGACAACAAUGUGGUCGUCACGCAGCACUUCAAGAAUAUCGAGACAUUGACGGAGGCACAAAACGCGCAAUUCCAGCGCGCAAUGGACGUCGGCGAUCGAGCCGGAGGCCAGGAGGAGACGGACGCGCCAGCAGCAGCAGUGACGAACGAUGGUCGCGCAGAAAGCAACAGGGAGACGCGUAAAAGCAGAAAGCGAUGGACGCGAGAGGCGCAUGGAACACGCGGGGCGUCGAAACGCGCGGAAGCGGCUGCUCGUCAGGAGGAGACAGCCGCGAGCGGAGAAGUCGCGAUGCGCAGAGGCAAGCGCAAAGGGUGGGAGAUGGCGAUGCAAGAGGAGAUCGCCGCGCUCGAGGUUAACGACGUCUGGACUAUCACAAGGCGAACGGCAAGACAGCAUGAGCUGCACACCAAAUGGGUCUACAAGACCAAGACAGAUGUGCAUGGCGACCUCGAGCGGCUGAAGGCGCGACUGGUGGCGUGUGGCAACGAACAGGUGCUUGGCGUCGACUACACGCUCAUCUUCGCUGCCGUGAUGGACCUAUCGACGGUCAAAGUGAUCCUGGCGCUUGUGGCUACGUGGGAGGGGUUCCUGCCAAGCACGAUGCCGCGCGGCAUGCCAGUCUCGAAGGAGACGCUACGAGCGCAAGGCGUUUCGAACGCGAGCGAGCUGGUGCUGGAGCUGCGGAAGAGCCACUACGGGCUCAAGCAGGCAGGCUGGCUGUGGAGCCAGCUGCUGCACUCGAAGCUCUCUACUGCCGGUUUCACGCGGUGUGAGAGCGACAUGUGUUUCUACUGGAAGCGCGACGGCGACGACCUCGUCGUGGUCGGCGUGUAUGUCGACGAUCUUCUAGCGACAGGGACGAGCGCGGCUGCGGUCGAGCGGUUCUUUGCAAGCCUCGCGUCGUUGUCGAUCAAGGACCUGGGGCGUGUCAGCAAUUUCCUGGGCAUGCGCGCGACGCACAACGGUAAGAAUGGGUACACGCUCGAUCAGGAGGAGGCCAUCAGAGACCUCCUAUGCGACAAUGGACUCGCUAACGCCAACUCGUUGUGA